CGCGCGCGCGUGAGGGGAGGGAGAGAGAGGACACGGUCGUACGUGGACGUCGCGCGGCCCAAGACACAAACCCCCGAGCCCGUGCGCCCGUGACUGGAUCCACCGGAUGCACGAAAGUACAGACAGAGAAAGAGGAAACGACCCCCUCCUCUUCCUCCUCCUCCUCCUCCUCCCGACGGACGGACGGACAGCAGAACCCGACAGCACAGAGCAGACAAACACCAAUCCAACUUGUCAUCUGACCAGCUCAGCCGCUGUGCGUGUUUGUGCGUGUUGUUCUGUACACACCGAUCCUCUCACGUUAUUUUGCUUUGACGGAGCGUUCACCUGGCAACUCCAAUUUUUUUUGCGGAGUCUUGUUUUUUGAGCUUUGGACAAUUACAAGUUUUUUAAUUGAGACAUUUUUCUCCCUCUCCUUCUCUCGGUGACAUUUUUCACGCCUGUGCAAGAAGUGCUAUAUUCUGUGGAGAGUGUUUCUCCUCGGAUGGUGUGAGUGUUCCUCCCACUCCUCCUGAGAAUAACAGCCCGAUCCCCUGCACACUUUGAACAACUCUCGGCUGCGAUGGAAUACUUCGAUGAUAAUAUUUCUGCGUGCAUAUAAGGAACCCGCAACUACAAGAGCGAAGAGUCAUCCAGCAGCCUACUUGUCCCAUUGGUAGGUGCUCCAUUCGGAUCCCCUCGCCCCCUUCCAAGUGCCCCCCCCUCGGGGGUCUCUCUGCGCCCCCGUCUGGUCAAGGAUGUCCAGGCAGCUGUCGCAGCUCCCGACCCCCGACCUCCCAGCCGGCGCCAGCCCACAGUUUGGAAGUUGCACCCAGCCUGCAGGCUCCAUCACAGGGGGCCACAUCAACCCAAUGGCGGGGCUCAAGUCCCUCCUGCAGCACCCCAUGAAGGGGGACCAGCGUUUAAAAAACCCCAGUGAUGCAAAAGAUAAAGACAGACCGGAUCUGGAUGAGGACUCCACGAGGAACAACAGUGGAAUAGUCAGCAGUAAUAACAGUAAUGGCGUUGGUGGUGGUGCUGCUGGUAGUGCUGGUAGUGCUGGUAGUGCUGGUAAUGCUGGUAGUGGUGGUAGUGGUGGAAAUGGAGGAGGACCUUUCAACCAGUUCCUGGGGCCUCUCUUGUGGGAUCGCACACUGCCGGCAGAUGGGGGCCUCUUCCAGCUGCAGUACAUGGACUUGGAGGAGUUUCUCACCGAAAACGGAAUGGGCGCCAUGCAUAACAACAACAGCUCCAGUUCGGCCCAGAUCCCCUCACAGAGCUCCCCUUCAGCCGUGCCCAGCCAAAGUUCCCAGUGCCUACCGCCCUCGUCCCCAGCUUGCUCCUCGUCUUCUUCGCCCUCUUCCUCCCCAUCGCUCAUUGGUUUGGAGGUGGCCCAGCCGCAGAGCCUCGCAGGAGGAACCGACUGUCUGCAUGGGAGUCAGACGAGUAUGAACGAGUCGUGUGAGUCACCCUGUUCCUCCUCCUCCUCCUCCUGUCCACCUCUGCUGACGCCCGACGGCAGCGGGCCUGAUGGGGCUGGAAUGUUUGACGCUGACACUUCGGACAUGGCUAUGUCCAGCAGCCCCAGCCAGCAUAACUAUGACCCCCGGAGGCACUCCUUCAGCGAAGAGGAGCUCAAGCCACAGCCAAUGAUCAAGAAGGCCCGCAAGAUCCUGGUGCCUGAUAACAUGAAGGUGAAUGAUCUCUUCUCACCAAAAGAAUUCUGUGCACGGGAUGAGAAGUACUGGACCAGGCGCUACAAAAACAACGAAGCGGCGAAGCGCUCCCGAGAUGCUCGCCGUCUCAAGGAGAACCAGAUCACCGUGCGCGCCUCCUACCUGGAGAGAGAGAACGCCGCGCUCCGACAGGAAGUGGCCGAGAUGCGGAAGGAGCUCGGCCGCUGCCGCAACAUCCUUAGUAAAUACGAGAACCGUCUCGCUGAUCAGUGAUGAAGGCACGGAGCGGAAUCAGGAAGAGGAGGAAUAUAAGCUGGAUUCAAGACUGAACUUUGGGGGGGUUGCACGAUGGACAGAAUGGGGUCAGGAUAAUGAUGAUGAGGAAGAUGAUGAUGAUUAUGAUGAUGAUGAAUGUAUAAGACGAGGAGAAGGUUUGUGUAUUGAAGCUCAGGUGUCUUGUUGAGGUGUCAGCUCUUAAAAGUCAUGGAUGGAGAGAAUAAUUUAACAGAUGACAGAUGUGACUUUUAAGAGUUUUGUUAUUGGAGAAUUGUAUAUUUUUAUAAUACUUAUGACAAAUUUAGAGGGGGAGCAAAUUUGGAGAAUAAUUUUGUAUAUUUUCUACAGGACUGGGACAUAGAGACGGGGGGAAGCUAUGGUAAAUCUCUUUUUAUUAUAGACCAGUCAGAAGCUGUUUUCACAGGUGGUCAGCCAUCGAUGGUUAUUUUUCAACUUGAUUCUUGUAGUCAGGACGCAGCAGCAGUGGCGAGGACGCAUGUAACAAAUUGUAAUAUAGAGAGCAAAAUUAUCUCAGAAUCGUAUAGUUUGACAUUUUUGUGGAUUUUACUCGAGCACUUAACUUUUGGGGUUAUUCCUGUUCUGUUUCUGUCAGUGGGAAUGGGCGUGCAUGGGGGGAGAGAGAGCGGCAGAAUGAGAGCCACAUGUAAACGGCUCCGCGUUAUCCUAACACAUGUCUUGUCCGGUCAUGUGUGUUCCCCUUUUUGAAUUGACUUCACGAGUCCAUACUUGUGUCUCUUAUCUCCUCGAUCCCAGCGGCGGGCUUUGUAACUCCUCUCUGGUGCUUCGCUCUCGUCGUGAAGCCCAGGGCAACCCUGCUCCUCCCGAUCCGCAUUUCUCUUUGUCUGCAUGGACAACCCGGAGGCUCUCUUUCUCUCUCUCUGCCCCCGUUCACAGUCAACUCCUCCAGGAACAAUCGGUCCCGGUGUCUCCCUUGUACCCGGACAGUACAUAGAGAAAGUCAAAUCUCAGUGUUGUAAUGUAUUCUGAAAUAGUAAUCCAACCUUCCCAGUAAAACGCACAUCGUUACUUUACCGUACUUUAUGAACACACUAUAAUUAGCAUUACCGCAGGGGGAGGAAUGAUGUGUAUAUUGGAUAGGCCUAUACUACUUUGUGUAUGUGAUGUAUUCCAGGAGAUGGGUCGAGAACCCCCGUCGAGUGGAAUGGUGUUAAUUUCUCAGAUUUCUGGGAGAAAUAAAAGCCAAAAUUUCCUAUGUUGAUCCACAAAGCUUGUUGCUAUGUAGUGCUUUUUUCAAUACUGCUCCUUCCUUACUGUUUACUCCUAUUAUUACUCCUUACUUUAUACUGUAUCUAUGAACGUCUCUGUGUACCCACAUCACCUGCACAGGGCCAUGGUACACCAUGUUAUGUUCGUGGGGGAGGGAUGACUAGUAAUAGAGUGUGAUUUUUAAUCCUCUUAAUGACCAUGGUGAGUAGGUACCAUUACUGCUAUUAUUAUUAUUAUUGUUAUGAUUAUGAUGAUUAUCCCUCUUAUUAUUGCUGUUCUAUAUUACUGAAUUAUUUUCUUUCGUUGGAUGAACGUGAUCUGUUGCACCUUGAAACGUCUUUGAUAUUCAUUGCUCCUCAGAAAGACUAUUCCGAUGGAUGUAAAGAAGAGAAACCCUCACUCUGUUAUUUCCAUCCCGUCUCAGACCUGCAGACACUCAACACGACUCACUCUUCUGCUCCGGACACUACUGCCACCUGUUCCUCCUUGGAUUUCAAAAGACGAGGCUCAAUAACUUGAACACGAUGCUCAUUGCAGACUUUCUUUUCCCCCUCGACGACGUCCUCUUCUGUUCCUCAGCGGUGUACGGACGAUGCACACAGUCAAUAUGCUCCGUGUCGGUUUCUUUCAGCCUUUAUCACCCUCAAUCAGUGAUUGUUUGCUCUCCCGGCAGGAUUCUAGUCUCUAAUAUCCUCACAGAUGCGGCUGAUGAAUCUAGUGACUCUUAAUUGAACUCCAACUGCCCUGCUGCAUCAGUGGUGUCCAUGGUGCCCAUGAGUCCACUCGGCGCUGGUUAUUUGGAUGUAGUUGAGAUUUCCCAAAAAACACCAAUAAAAGAUUGUUCUCAUGCACUA